AUGAGUUGGAACUUGCUCGAGCGCUUCAUCGAGUCGGAACACUUCAACAGGGACCCGUCGUUGACUGUGGCCUAUCUGGCUCGAUACGCCGACCAUGUUGGAAUCCAAUACGUCCUCUGCUCCAAGCUGCGGCAGUUCAGCUAUGAGGACAUUGAGUUCUUCCUGCCGCAGCUAUGCCACCUGGUCAUGUCGCUGGACAACGAGAGCAUGGCCCUCGAGGACUUCAUCCUCGAUCUAUGCGAAGAGUCGGUGAAUGGCGCCCUCUUGACAUUCUGGCUUCUACAGACGUACCUCCGCGACCUCGCCCAAACGCCCACGUGCAACGCUUUCAAGACAUGCCGUCGCAUCUACAACAGAGUCCAGCGAAUCGUCUUUGGUUCGUCCGAGCCCGCCCGCCGAGAGAAGAUCACUGAGAAUGUACUGCCCGUCACACUGCUCUCGAGUCUUGUGCUCGGUGCCAUAGCCGCGCCGUUCCUCCCUCGUCAUGCUGGCCCGCUGGCCAUCGCGCAAGCUAGGAGGCCACGUCCAGUCGAAGAGACCAUCUCGGACAACGUACAGCCACAGCGCAUUUCCAGAAGUCACACUGUCUCGGGUGCCCCUGGCCGCACGAGGAGGAUUCGUCCAUCAACCCAGCCGUCGAAAGAAGCCUCGACCCCACCAGGCACCUCGACUCCAAGAAAAGCCUCACGCCCUCUGUCAGUACUGACCAAGGAUAGCCCAACUCCUUCCAAAGAUUCGCCCGGGAACCGUGCCAUGGCAGAGGCACUGCGCGCAACACAGAACAACCAGGCCUUUGCAAGCACUUCGUCCCUACCCGAGCUCCCCUCACAACCUGCUCCCGAGCCGCCGCGUCUGUCUCGCCGUCCUACAGAAGCCUCCAUACGCCGCCACUCUGCUAGUACCAAGGCUGUCAACCUGUCUAGCAUGUCCCGCUCGCAAAAGAUCCGCAUGCUCCGUUCGAACUACUUUCGAAGUCAGACACAGUUCUUGAGCGCUCUGGAGGAUAUCUCUAAUCGCCUGGUCGCCGUACCGAAACCUGCUAGACUAAGCGCUCUUCGUGCUGAGCUUGCUCUGAUCGCUCAGGACCUCCCCGCAGAAGUCGAUGUGCCUCUUCUCUGCCCUGCGACCCUUCCAGACGGCAGUCCAAGUCGCAGUCAACAUCAUCGCAUUGUCAGGCUCAAUCCUGCUGAAGCCACGAGUCUCAACAGUGCUGAGAGGGUGCCCUAUCUGUUGAUGGUUGAAGUCCUGCGUGAAGAUUUUGAUUUCGAUCCAGAAUCUGACCAGAACACACAGCUGUUGACAAAACUGAUGCUCGAAAAAGGGAAGCCCCAGCGUCGACUAUUCGACAUUACAGAUGCCUCACGAGAAUCUGUUCGCUACCAGACCGAAGUCCCCGUCGAGAAUGAUAGUGUCUUUGAGCCCGCGACCGGGGAUCUGGCCAGCCCUGCACUUUUGCAAGAACUGGAUGCACGCGACACCCCGCGCAACAUUUCUAGAUCGCAUACCCCUUCCAACGCCGCUAUGCUGAGGGAGCUGCCUCGACUGUCUAGUGGCGUUAGCACUCUAUCAUCACUAAGUCUCACAACACCCAGAAACUCGGAUCUCCCACUCAGCAGAUCCGCCAGUCCUUCUCCCUAUGCUUCAGCGGCAGGCCGCUCGCAAGCCCCCGACCAACCAGACUUUUCCGCUCUAGCAACACACAUGCGCGCAGCCUCUUCCAUGCUCUCCCAGCUCGACUCGAGCAGCUCAAAGCGCCCGAAGGCCGAAGUAGCGGCGAUCAAAGCGAGAAUUAUUGCGAGUAUGCAGAGUCUAGAGGAGCAAAGCUUUUACACAGAUGACACUGCUCACGUCACGAACUUCGACGCCAUCAUGGCUAAUGCGAAUAAUAUCGCCUCUCACGCCGAACCUUCCGAUAUCGAAGACCCGGCCUUGGAAGCAGCAGACGCAGAUCCGAAUUUAAGUUCUAAUGCCGGAGCCGCGCGCAUGGAGAAUGAUAUCAAGACUGGAGGUGUGCAGAGAAAGGGCGACAGAGAUGAUCCUUCGGCAGCAACUUUUGGCGAAGCCUGGGAAACGAAGAAGGAACGUAUCCGUCGCUCUUCUCCGUACGGCUGGAUGAAGAAUUGGGAUUUGAUCUCCAUGAUUGUAAAGACGGGGGCGGAUCUACGUCAAGAGGCCUUUGCAUGUCAACUCAUCGCCGUGUGUUCAAAGAUCUGGCAAGAAGCAAAUUGCGAUGUGUGGGUCAAGAACAUGCGCAUCUUGGUUACUGGCGAAUCCUCCGGUCUGAUCGAAACGAUUACCAAUGGUGUUUCUCUACACUCGUUGAAGCGCUCUUUGACCCUAUCCUCCAUCGCAGCAGGCACGAAUCCGAAGAAGAGAAUGGCCACCCUCUACGAUCACUUUAUCAAGACCUUCGGCGCACCGGAAACAGCCUCAUAUAUCUCUGCCGUUGACAAUUUCGCAAAGUCUCUCGCGGCAUAUAGUGUCAUAUCCUAUAUCCUGCAGCUCAAAGAUCGACAUAACGGCAACAUCCUCAUCGACAACGUCGGCCACAUUGUACACAUAGACUUUGGCUUCAUGCUCUCAAACACACCAGGAAGCAUGGGUUUCGAAGCCGCACCCUUUAAACUGACACAAGAAUAUAUAGACGUGUUGGGUGGCUUUGACGCCCCUGCGUUUAAGAGAUUCAAGACGUAUAUGCGCGAAGCUUUCCAAGCGUUGCGUAGGGAAGCUGAACGUAUCGUCAUGUUGGUAGAGUUGAUGGGCAGAGAAAGCAGAAUGCCGUGUUAUAGUGGCGGAGGCGUUGUUGCAGUCGUCGCUGCUCUGCGUGCAAGAUUUGUGUUGGAAAAGAGUAAAGAGGAAGCAGGGGUUUAUUGUGAUGAGUUGGUUGCAAAAAGUGCUGGGAGUUAUUACACUAGGCUGUAA